UGUGUUUCUGACCCUCUCCAAAAUCCAUCUCUCUCUGGUUCCUUCCUUGAGUAUCCUAUAUUUGCAGAACAACAACAUAGGCACAUAGACUUUGUAUUUGAGGGUUUGUGUCCCUAACUUCGGUACCUUAAAAAAAAAAAACACUGCUCAAAAUUUUUUUCUUCCAACAUUUAUUGUUUCUCUCUCUAGAAAAAAGAAAGAAGUGUUUCUCUCUCCUCCUUUCUCUCUCUACAACCCUUGAUCUUCUUCCUUCUUCACUUUGAUUUUCCGCCUUCAAUGCGAACCCAACCAUGGUCCUCUACACGUAAUCCCACCGUACUUAACCUAAAACCCUUUUGAUCUCUCUGUUUCACACCAUGUCCCAAGGAUCUCCCCCACAAGACACCACCGAACCCUCGCCGGAACCCGAUUCGUAUAAGGAGGAAACAACCGCCACAACCACCAACAGCACCGCCGCCGAUGCUGCUCCUCCCGCCCCCACCCGGAGCCCCCCCACCCGGAGCCGCCCCUCCCGAGCCUGCACCAUGCGCACGGCUGCACGCCUCUACGCGGCGUCGCAGCCGGCGAGGCCAAAGGCCGCGAGGAGGGAGCCUCGCCGCGAGGAGUCGCCGUCGCCGCCGUCUCCGAAGCUGCAGCAAUGCAGCAAGAUCGUGACGCCGCUGGUGGAACCGCCCCCGCCGGUGCAGUUGCCGCGCUACAACCUCCGGUCCAUGUGGGAAUUGGCUUCAAUACUCAAUUUUUUGAAUCUGUUUAGGCCACUUUUGAAUAUUUCAGUAGAAUUUUCGGCUGAAGAGUUUGAGACGGCUUUGCUCACCCCGAAUGACACAUUGGGUGAUAUACAUAUGCCUUUGCUAAAGGCAAUUCCUCCCAUUACGCGAAUGGCACUUUCACGUGAUACUUGGAUAACUGUGUUAUGCAGAAAAUUGAGAGAUUGGUGGCACUGGGUUGCCAAUGGGGAUCUACCUAUUGUUGCUUCACAUGGAGCGGAGGUUGAAGUAUAUAAAUCACUUGAUCCAGGGGUUCGUGUGAUCAUCCUAAAAGCAUUAUGUGACAUUCGUGUUGAGCAAGAAGAUAUCAGAGGUUACAUUGACAGAUCAAUCAAACAUGGCAUUCCACUUUCAACAUUCCGUAAGGAGCGUAUUGGUGGUGAUUCACACGGAAUUUCUUAUUGGUAUGAAGACGACCAAAUUAUUGGUCAUAGGUUGUAUCGGGAAAUAAGGAAAACUGAGGUGGUUCAAAUGAAGAAAGGGAAACCAAGAGGUUCCCAGGUUUUUUCUAAUACAACCUACCAGUGGGAAACAGUUGCUACCAAUUUUGAUGAAUUUCAGGAUGUUUCUGAGAAGCUUUUCACAAGUAAAAACAGAACGGAGGCAUCUGUAGGGAAGAAGGUGAAGAUAGACAUGCUCCCUGAAAUCGAGAAAGUUCACAGGAGAAAGGAGAAGUUGCUGAAAAAACAACACAGACAAGCUCUUCUUCUUGAUAAUUUCUUGGGUGUUGAUGGGCUUGCCCCUGGGCGUUCACUUCGUGAUAGAAAACCUGUUACCUACACUUUUGAUGAUUACGAUCGAUCCAUCAGUGAAGCAAUUAAGAUAACCAAACGGAAACCACCAUCCCCAGAACUUAUACCCAGGAGAGAAGCAGGAGCAAAACAUGCAGCUUUAACCAAUGGUAAAUGGAGUGGUCCUUCACAUGACCCUCAAGACCUGAAUUUUGGCAUGCCAUCACCAAAAUCACCUGACUUCGAUGAUAUGGAGGAAGAUAAUCAAACUGACAUGUUGGACUUGGAUCGAAGCAAUCGGCGAAGACAGAAGCCUAAACGGUAUUCGGAGAAAGAGUUUGUUGAAGCACUGUCGGAUAAUGAGGCUGACUAUGACAGCGAUGAUGAUAUUGUUGGAGAAGCCGUGUAUGAUGAAGAGUAUCUCCAGAAACGUAAGCAGAGAAAGAAGGCUUCUAGUAGCUCUGGGUCUGAAGGAGAUGAAGAAUAUCAUUGGGAUGAAGAUAAUGUUGAAGAUGAAGAAGACGAUGACGAAGAUUCCUUGAGUGCCAGUGAGGAUAGUGACAAGCCUCGUAAAAUCAAGCAACUGCCAGGCCGUACUAGGAAGGAAACUAAACUCAGGUCUGUGGGUGAGAUUCAAUCAGGUCUAAGACGCAGUAAGAGGGCAACAACAAAAAGCCGUAUAAAUUAUCGAAGGUACGAGAUAUCUGAUUCAGAAACAGAGUUCAUUAAAUCCGACAAGUCCAAUGCAUCAGACGAUCACUCAGAUCCUACUGAGAAUGGGGAGUAUAUGAUGGAAAGUGAAGACUCCGACAGCAAUGACGAGGAAGAACAAGAAACCAAAGCAGUUGAGCCUGUUACUUACCCUGCAGAAGAAAACAACCAAUCUCCUGCUGUAGGGGAGAAUGAACAAAACCAAAACCAGCCUCCUGAAAAAGCCAGUAGCCCAGGUCAGGAAGUUGAGGGCACUGCAAAGCGACGCUUCCUUGAUUUGAAUGAGCUUGCCCCUAGCUCAGGUUUUGAUGAUGGUCCAAAUACAACAACACUGAAAGAUGAAGGCAAUGAUGAUAACUGAAGCUACCCCUUUUGCUUGAAAGCAAUCAAGGAAGCCAAGAGACAUGUAUGAUAAUAGAAAUAUAAAUUUUGUUAUGUGCCUCAGGAAGUUUCGGCUAGAUCUCUUCCUAUGGCAAUCUAAGCAUCCCUUGGUGCAUGAGUUUGCCACCAGAAGCAGCAGCAUAUGAGUUAUGUAGAUUAGGUAGUCAUUUUUUAGUAUUUAGUAUUUCUACAUCAAAAGGGUCCACGGAAAAUGAAUGAGAAUUUAUUCUUGGGCGUUAUUUGGCCCAUGCAAUCGGUGUACAAUAACUGUUAACAAGUACUGUAACUUUAAAUAGAUAUGGCUUUUGAUUAUCAAGCCCUGUAGUUCUUUUUUUUCUUUCUGUCUUCAUGGACUCUCGAUAGUGAUCAGCUUUUGAGCAAAAUAGGGUUGACCGUGUUUCUUUGUUCAUCUGAUCAGAUAAAAAAAUGGUCUCACUUUUGAUUUCUCUACA